CAAUUCACUUUGAGUUUUCAACCAAAAUUUGAUUUUGGCUAAGCAAGAAAAGCCAAACAAAUGGCGGCUGAGUUUUUCCCUCUCUUUUCAAAACCUAUCUAAAUACUUCCCGCUUCUUCACAAACCCUAAAAAGCUCCUUCCAAAUUUUAAAUCCCUCGCAUUCUAUUCCAAACUUCAGUAAAUACAAGCCCGAAAUGAAAUUUCUGAUUCUUUCUUAUCGUUCUCUUUGAAUCCAUUCUCUAUAUCAAUUUUCGCCUACUCAAUGAAUACCCUUAUGACCGAAAUCCUAGAACCUGACUCUGGUCCUUCUCAGAAUCUUCAUCAGUCGCCGCAUAAAGAAACCCUAAAUGACCAAUCUUUGGUUUCUUUAUCUUCAAAUCGAGAUGGGACUUCACCAAUUUCGGGUAUAGUCCCUUCUACUUCAAAAACCGUUGAUCGGUCUUCUUCAUUAAUGGAAGAUACUGAAACCCUAGAUGAUAAUCAUGAUAGUUAUCAAUCGUUGGCUCAUUUUGGGCCUCAGCCUUUGAGUAUCGAUGGGUCUUCAGAAGCAAUGGGUCCCCAAGAAAAUCUAGUAGACUGUGAUGUUGAAGAAGAAGAUAAUGAUGAAGAAAAUUACAGUGAUUCUUUCCGGCCGUACUCGAACUCACGGUCAGAGAAGCUGUGGCCUAGUAGCAACAUCCCGUGGCCGUCUCGCAGAGAAUUUGUACAAAUCAGGCCUACUGGAGUGGCUGCAGGGCUUGAAAAUCUGGGGAACACAUGCUUCAUCAAUGCAAUUCUGCAAUGCUUCACUCAUACGGUGCCCUUUGUUCAGCGUCUUCGUUCUUGCAAUCAUGUAAAGCCAUGUGAUGGUGCUAGUGAAGGAUUCUGUGUUAUUUGUGCUCUUUGUCAACAGAUUGACCUUUCAUUAACUUCUUCAGGAAAAGUUGUCUCUCCUUCAAAGCUUGUUGAGAAUUUGCACAACAUUUCAUCUUCCUUUGAAAGAUACCAGCAAGAAGAUGCCCAUGAGUUCCUGCAGUGUUUGUUAGAUAGACUUGAAAGAUGCUGUUUGGACUCUAAGAAAAUAGAUGAGAGUUUGCCUCGCAAAGAUAACAACAUAGUGGAGCAGAUUUUUGGUGGCCGCCUCAUUAGCAAAUUGCAAUGCUGCAAUUGUGGUCAUUGUUCUGACACAUAUGAACCACUAAUUGACCUGAGUUUGGAGAUUGAAGAGGUUGGCUCUCUUGAAGCUGCACUGGAAUCUUUCACUAAGCUGGAAAAGAUUGAAGAUACAGAGACAAAGUUUACUUGUGAGAACUGUAAGGAAGAAGUGUCAGUGGAAAAGCAGCUUAUGCUGGACCAGGCUCCUUUGGUUGCUGCAUUUCAUUUGAAAAGAUUCAAGACGGACGGAACCUAUGUUGUGAAGAUUGAUAAGCAUGUUGAAUUCCCGUUGGAGCUUGACUUGCAGCCCUACACCAAUGGUGGUCAAAAUGGUGAUGUGGAGUUAAAGUAUCAUCUAUAUGCAAUUGUGGAGCACACUGGAUGUUUACCAACUUAUGGGCAUUACUUUUCUUACAUUCGAUCCUCUCCAGACACAUGGCACAAGCUAAAUGAUUCAAGGGUCACUAGGGUCAAUGAGGAUGUUGUUCUCUCCCAGGAUGCCUAUAUUCUGUUCUAUGCCAAGCAGGGCACUCCCUGGUGUUCCAGUUUGUUAGAAGCUGAGAAGUGCUUGGAUACCGCUUCCAAUUCAUCACCCAAGUCAGUUCUAGAUAAUAUGGAUGGUGGUUUUACUCACUAUUGCCGGGUAACAAAUGCUGAAAUCAAUGAAUCCAGAGACACUUCUGGAGAGAGUUCAAGCCAUUUCUCAUGUGAAACAAGAGUGGAAGCUGUUAAGGUCAAUGGAACUAGGGAUGCUAUGGAGGGAAUUUCUGCAUCUUUUACCUCAGGAACACGGCAGAAUGUGUCCAAAAUUGAGACUAGAGAUGAUUCUUCCACUAUCGAUGCUUCAAAGCCCCUUAGGACGAGUGAUGGUCAUGGAGUGUUUUCCAAUGAGAAAGUAGAUAAUUUGCCUUCUCUUGAGGCAAGUAAGAGCUCCCAGGGUGUUGACAAAGUUAAAAGCAACGAUGGUUUCCGUCCUUUGACACCAUCCCGGUCUCCUAGUCCAGAUAAUUAUCCUAGCAAACCUUCAGAAACUUACUCUGUCCCUCGCGAGCAUCUAAAACUGUAUCAUCUGAAAUUGGAGAGUCAGCUAAAUGGUAAAAGACAAUUGGAAAAGGAUGAUAAGGCUUUUGAGAGACAGGAAGCUAUACGCUGCCUUAAGAGGAAUAUGACUGGUUCAAGGUGUUUGAAACUUAUGGCUGCAGUAAAUGAUGGUUCUACGAACAAGAAAAGAAGAGUUAAAUCAUCUCCAUGUAAAAGGUCCAGUCCACGUAGUGCUCGCCGCAAACACAGCCAUAGCUCGGUCAUGCGUCGUGUGGCAAUAUGAUGCUGAACAGUUAAUAGAUUUUGCUUAGAAAUAUUAGAUGUUAACAUUAAGGUUCCUAAUAUUAUACUGAAUAUUACAUUGAUCUUGUAUCUACUGGAAAAUGUAAAGUUCAGUUUUAGUGUGAGUAGUAAUUUUGCUAUGAUAUUUUCAAAGUAGGAUAAAAGCUUUUUCUUUUAGUUACUAUCCUAUUAUCUCCAUGUGAAGUUGAGCUAACGAAUAAUGGAGAAUAGGGAGAACGACAUUUUCCCACUU